UGGGGGCGCGGCUGAGGCGGCUGUUGCUGUUGCGGGCGCUGCGCCUGAGGCGAAGGAGACCCCGCCGGAGGAGGAGGAGGAGAUAUUCUGCCGAAGGCUUCAUCUGGAGCCGAGUCCAUCUGAACUCCUUUCUCCGCACAGCCAUGAUAAGCCCAGGAUGAAGCUGGAGGCAGUUGUGGAACAGCUGCAGAAGCAGCAGCAGCAACAGCAGGUGGCCCCUCUCCCGAUGGAGCCCAGAGACCGGCCCCAGAGGCAGAUGAGAGACGCUCCGCUGCAGUUCCCUCAACAGAUGACGGUCCAGCAAGCUGGCCUGGCUGCCACCUCGGGCAAAGUUUCCGGUGGGCCCAUCCUUGGACCUUCCGCUAGAAUGCCUCCCGUCCUGGGGGCUUCUCGAACAUUUGACCAGAGUGCUCUGAACUCGGAGGAAGAAGAGGAGGAGGAGGAGGAAGAAGAGGAAGAAGAAGAAGGGGAGGAAGAUUCAGAAGACGGUGACCUGGAAGACAACGCUCCCAGAACUGGCCAGGAUGCGCGAUCGGCUCUCAAAUACUUUCACGCUUCCAAAGCGGUUUCCCACAACCAAAGAGUGACUCCUUCCUCUAAGCCUCUCCCAGUUCUGGCGGCCCAGCGGAAUCUCCAGGGAAAGGACCAAGUGGGGAAAGAAACCCCCAACUUGCUCUAUUCCGGGUCUUCCACGGGGAGACCGACGUGGAGGGUGGAGGAGCAGCACAAGCAGAACGGGAACCUAACUUGGAGCGAAGAAGCCGACAGUAGCAGAGGGAGAGAGGUGUCCCGCGACUUUGCCAAGUUGUAUGAAUUGGAUAGCGAUCCCGAACGGAAGAAAUUCCUGGACGAUCUCUUCAUUUUUAUGCACAAGAGGGGGACACCCAUCAGUCGCAUCCCAAUCAUGGCCAAGCAGAUCCUGGACCUCUACAUGCUGUACAAGCUGGUGACCGAGAAAGGAGGCUUGGUGGAGAUCAUCAACAAGAAAAUCUGGAGGGAGAUCACCAAAGGCCUUAACCUCCCCACCUCCAUCACCAGUGCAGCAUUUACACUUCGCACCCAGUAUAUGAAGUACCUCUAUGCCUACGAAUGUGAGAAGAAGUCCUUAAGCUCGCCUGCUGAGCUGCAGGCCGCCAUCGACGGCAACAGGAGGGAAGGCCGGCGGCCCAGUUACAGCUCCCCCUUAUUCAGCUUCUCCCCCGCGACCCCGGGACCGCCUUCGCUCCUGUGUCCCCCCAAGAUCCGCUUCCCCCUUGUUAGCCUCACCCCCAGCAGCACAACUAGCAACCCCCACCUGUCUUCAGCAGGCCCUCUCAGGAAAGGCGAUGGCCUGACUUUGACCACCUCCACGCCAAAUCGCCUCACCAUGCCUGUGAGCUUGGCCAACCAGCAGGCCACCGUAGCCGUGGCAGCAGCCACCAGAACGGCCACCUUGGAACAGUUGAAGGAACGGCUGGAAUCCGGAGAACCGGCGGAGAAGAUGGCCCGGAUGACGGAGGAAGAACAGCGCUUUGUCCAGCAGGCCUUUCAGAGGAACCUCUUCAGCAUGGCCCGACAGCUGCCCAUGAAGAUUAAGAUCAACGGCCGAGAAGAUAAGUCAGAUCCAGCAGCCGCAGCAGCUUUAAACUGGACCCCUUCUGGUUUCGGCAGCAUCAACAUGUCAGUGGAAAUCAACGGCACAAUUUAUGCUGGCGUCCUCUUCGCUCAGAAGCCCGUCGUCCACCUCCUUGCCGGCUCCAACACCCAGAGCACCAGCGGCGGGGCAAGCAGCAACUCUCCCAGCCCCACCUCCUCCAGAGGCACCCCCAGCGCCGAGCCCUCCACCAGCUGGUCUCUCUGAGGGUCCCGGCGGGCUCGCUCUCCAGCCUCGAGAACGGCUCCUCUGUCCCCAGGAGAAGUCCCUAUCCCCUCCCCUGUCGACCUGGCCCCAAGGAGCACCUCCUGCCUCUAGGCCAGCCGUGGAGAGGAGCCGCUGUCUCUGUGCUGGCGAGUUUCCCAUCCGGAUGGACCUCGCUGGCUUUUUAAAGCCUUUUUUUUUCAGGUCUUGCUGUGUCCUCAGUGAAGAUUAGGGGUGGGUGGGGAGGGGAAGGGAGGGGUGGGGAAGGGGACACGAGGCGUGUUUCAAUCAGGGAUUCUCCGGAGAGGCUAAGCGAUUUUGUAGAUGACUGACCAUUGCCAGGGUUAGGGUGGCGAAAGGCCCUGACAAAAAUACCUGUGGUUGUUUUUUUCCCCCAACCUUGGAAGUCUAAAGGGGCUUUCGUGCUCUUCCUCUUUCUUUCUUUCUUUCUUUCUUUCUUUCUUUCUUUCUUUCUUUCUUUCUUUCUUUCUUUCUUUCUCUCUCUUUCUUUCUCUCUCUCAUUCCUUUUCUCCCUUUCCAAAUAUGACUGCCGUGUAUUGACAAUCCUCCCCUCACCCCUCACCCCCCACUCCCACCCCCCACCCGAAGGCAGGAGAAAAAUGUCUGAAUUCCCCUCUUACUAUCCUUGCUUGGCAUCCUUACCUCGCAGACCGCUCCCCUUUUAUCCUUCCAUCUCUCGGACUCCCUGCCAUUUCCCGAGUUUGCUUGAAGAACCAUUUCAGCACAAUCCGUUCCUUCUUCAGGACGGGACCUUCACUUGCAGCCAUUAAAUCGUAGCGGGCUUCUUUUUUAAAAAAGAAAAGAAGAAGAAAAACCUGAGAUGUAAACAGCAGAGAGAGCUGGGCGGCCUAUUUCGGGAACCGCCUCCGGUCUUAACCUGCAGCAGAAGGUCUCACACUCCUGCCAGAAGCUCCUGUGAAGACGCUGGGUUUCUUUGCUUCGUCCUUCCUGUUUUUGGACCCAAGCGGAGGAAUAAACGGGAAGGAAAAUCCCACCGAUCGAAAAAUUAACAGCGAGGGCAGAACAAGAGUUUGAGGGUUUGCCUUGAGCAAAAGUGGGUGCAUAGAGAGCAUCGGUCUUGAUGGCUUCCUUUGCAGAAUCCCACGUAGAACCCCAUCCGUUUUCUCAAAUGAAGAGAGAACGGGCUGUUUUGUGAGCUUUUCUGGCGAUGAAUCCCAGCUCUGUAGCCUGUGAUGUUCUCCUGAAACCAGGAUGUGCUGAAAACUAGGUUCUGUUUUUCCUCCCCUCUCCCCACCAGUGCAAUCAUUUUCCCUCAAAUCCAACUUCCCUCAAAUCCAACUAAGAUCAUCUUGGUUUCUCGGCUGGUUGUUUCCCUCAAACCCAACUGAGAUCGUCUUGGUUUCUUGGUUGGUUGUUUCCCUCAAACCCAGCUGAGAUCAUCUUGGUUUCUUGGUUGGUUGUUUCCCUCAAACCCAACUGAGAUUGUCUUGGUUUCUCGGUUGGUUGUUUCCCUCAAACCCAACUGAGAUCAUCUUGGUUUCUUGGUUGGUUGUUUCUCUCAAACCCAACUGAGAUCAUCUUGGUUUCUCCAUUGGUUGUUUUUAAAUAUAGCCGCUCUCUGCUCAGCUGAGCAGCAUUUCACCUUAAGGGAAAACGUCCCAUCCUGGUCAAACUCAGUCAUCCUACAGAAUUGCGACAGCUUCUCUCGAGCAGAUGAAAUACCUCAAAAAAAAAAAAAUGUACUUAUUGCUGUGUUGUUGGGUGGGUUGGGUUUUUUUUUUUCCUGAUGUUUUGUUUUUCCGCCUCUUCUGGAAGGAUUUGCGUAUGUUAAAAGCUUCUUUUUAUAUGUCUCGUCGACUGCUUUUUAGUUUAAAUUUUAUAUAUUGUAGCACCAAAGAGACACCAAACAAGAGAGGAAGGGAGGGAAAGAGAGAGAAAAAGCAAAAGAGGAACAAAACUUUCCCCCUGGCUUGAAGGAAUGGAGGUUUGAUAGUCGGCCAGGGAAGCACUUGGCACAAACCGCCUCGGGUCUGAGAGAGAACUCAGCAUUGGUGGCAGGUUAAUUCCUUUUUUUUUUUCCCUCCUUAACCCAGAAAAGGGCUUUUCCUCCCUUCUACUACAGCAGUGUUUCUCAACCUUGGCAACUUUAAGAAGAAUGGACUUCAACUCCAAGAAUUCCCCAGCCGGUUGGCCAGGAAAUUCUGGGAGUUGAAUUCCACUCCUCUUAAAGUUGCUGAAUUGAGAAACAUUACUCUACAGCAUUGUGCUUUCUAAAUGUGCAGGAAUUCCAGAAUUCCUAACAAGACGCGAGUUAUAAUUCUGGUGUAUCCGAAAAGCACUCAAAAUGGGUCAAGUUUGAGGAAUCGGUGAUCUCCCAAAAGCUUGCCGAGAAACCCCCCCCCCCCCACAAGGUGGCCAGUAAUGAGGGGCUGGAUCCCUCCGUUUCGAUUUUUAAACCGGUCUUUCAAGGAUCUUCUUCUUCUUCUUUUUCCUCUUCUCUGGCCAACCGGCUUCAUUCCAUCCGAGUGGACAAUCGUUUUAGCCACGCAGCCCCUGAACGGAUUCUCUUGGUUGCUAUGCAGCCGUGGGAGGAGAAAUUACGAGAAAAAUGAUACUUGGGACAGCCCAGAUUCUACCCAACACGGGUCAGAAUAUCUUGCAUAAUACCCAUCACCUUGGUCUCCCCUCCCUCCCUUUCCCAGUCCUGCCUUCCUAUCGGCGAGUUGUGGGCAGCCCACCCAGGUUUUCCUCAACCGAGCAAGAAAAAUCCUUGAAGCGAAUCCAUAGAUAAGUGUGAAUUGGCCUUUGCAUAUCAAGGGGUGGACAUGCCAAAGGCUUGUCCCAUAUCCCUUAGCACAGGGGUCUCCAACCUUGGCAACUUGAAGACUUGUGGACUUUGCUGGCUGAGGAAUUCUGGGAGUUGGAGUCCACAAGUCUUCAAGUUGCCAAGGUUGGAGACCCCUGCUUUAGCACACACGCAUUCUCCCCCACCCACCCACCCACCCACCUCCGGACAGGCAAGAGGCCUAGAUUGCAAGAAGGACAGCCCAUAUUAUCUCCCGCCCUUGUCAACCAGAGCACCAAAUGGCCAUUCUGCGGUCCUGGUGGUGACCAAGAUAAGCUCUUGCUGGUGGGUCUUAUCUGCAACCAGAGUAAGGGGCACCUCCUUUCGCCCUGCUUGGCCCUCCGUCCAGAAAGCGGCCAUCUUUCUCACUGAAAACAUUCAAUUCCAAAACAUGUCCCAAUUUGCCUCGGGGCCACGUCUAAAGUCCCUUCCUGCUUCCAUUCCAAGGGAAGGCGGGAAGCCCAAAGAUGGUGCUCCGUGGGGGGCCAUUUCUUCUACCCCGCCAUCUUCCUCAGGCUAAAGACGGCAUAGAUAGCAAAGGCCCCAUGGUUAAUGAAGCCGCCUCAUUAAAGCAGGCAGGCAAGAGAGGCGAAAAGAGAAUCGGCGGUCCAGGAUCGGCCAACCUUUCCUGGCGUUUUGUGGCUUUUUUAGCAGAUUUUUUUUUGGUCCCUUCCCCCCCCCCCCCCACCAGUCGGAUUCUUGCAUGAAUCCUCUGCUUUGUUUAAACUUUCUCUGGAAGUGUGUGCUUCCGUCCGUCUGUCCAUCUUGUUUAGAAUGGGGGUCUCCAAUCUUGGCAACUUUACGACUUGUGGACUUCAACUCCCAGAAUUCCCCAAGCCGGCAUGGGGAGAAACACUCCCUGCAUCUUGUUAAGCCUAAGAUUGCCAUGCAGGGCCAGAAGGCCUUCACAGAAUUCCUGUGUGACGCCAGAGUCCCUUCGGAAGUAGGUAGAGCCACAAAGCAUGGGAGUUUCAAAGCAAAAAAAAAAAGUAAAAAAAUCUCUGAUGCUUUCUUUUUGCUGAAGGUCUCUAUUUUAGCAAUCCCCUCCUACAAAUUAGGCUUCGGCCCUCAACCCGUCAUGCCAAAAAUUGCCCUACGUCUUUGGCCGAGUGAAGUUGCUCACUUCCAUGCUAAGCACUCCUGUUGUUGGUCUGUGGUACAUAACAGGUGGAGGAAACCCAGCAGUUGGGUUUGUGGAUCCUGGCUUACCCCUCAGGCCAAUGACUCAUUCAACAGUGGCUUAUGAUCAGGUGUGCCAAUCAGGAGUUAAGUUUCAGGCAAGAUAAUGUAUUGCUCAUGCCUAUGCACAAAAAUCUAUAGUCGAUCAACGGUCCGGACUAAAUUGGCGCCAGAUAAAGAGUUCACUGAAUUUAAGAGGGAUUGAACUUAGACCGUUUGUGACAACGUAAGGAUUCCAGAUUGAGUCCUCUCUUGACUCCUCCCCCCAGGCUCUGGGAAUUCUGGGAGUUGAAGUCCACAAGUCAUAAAGUUGCCAAGGUUGGAGACCCCUGGCUCAGACAACCAUCCCAGCCGUCUCCCCAGUUUAUAAAACCGAACCCUUGGCGGUGGUUUGAAGGAAACCCCGGCCAUCUCUGCCCGAGGAGACAUCUUGAAAGCACAUCCCAUAAUUGGGAGGGUUUUUGCGGGCUGGCAAGAGCAGAGAGAGGAGGGGGAUGACAAGGUAAAUACUUUUGCCAAACACUUGUGGCUUUUUAAACUAUUUAUUUUUAAUCGCGCUUACCCCUCUCCAGCAAUUUUACCCCACCUGAAGCCCUCUUGAAUAGCAAACUUUGGCCUUGGAGAUCAAACCCAUUUUUGGGGAAAGGUAAAAAUCAAUGGAAGUUUGCAAGCCCGUGUGAUUUUUAUUUUUUUUUUGCCCCCUUUUUACCCCUUCGUCUCGGGGAAAAUUAACCUCCCACCACUGCUGUCGUCUCUUCAGUACGUCUCGGCCCCGUGUUUUUAAAAAAAAUUUGUGCCUGUCCCAGCCGCGCCCAAGUUUGCAUCUCUUGCAGAGAAAGCUGUUUGAGUCACUGGAGUGGCUUUCCCAGGGCUGGGUGGGGUGGGGUGGGGGGCAUCCUUCAUUCCUUUUAGCAACGGGCGCAGCUAACCGGGAUCUAGGCAGGGGAGUAAAAGAGUUUGUUCUUCUCCAAGGGGUUUUUUUGGGGGGGUGCGGGGGGAAAGGGUUGAGCUAGAUUUCAGGAGGGUUUGUAACAAUAUAUAUAUAAAUAUAUAAAUAUAAAUAUAUACCUCAUUCAGAUAAGCUGUGGCAUCACACGUUGGCUCUGUUAAUUGGGGAGGGGGGGCUUUGUUAUUUUUGCUCUGCCUGCCGCUUUUUUUUUUCUUGGGACUGUGAAGACGGACCCCCCUCCCCCUCCCUUCGGUUUCAGAGCUGCCCACUGUGGUGGUGGCGGCGGGGUUCCUCUCUUCUGUGGGAUUUUGGGGAGGGGGGGUCCGUAAGCCAGCAGCAGAGUACGUCUCAAUUGGGGGGGGGAGAGCGGGUGGGAUUGUUGGCGGCCAGGGAGGGAGCCUUCACUCUGACCUUACCUAACUCGGGAUAUUAAAAGAUUGUAUGGCACUCAGGACUUUUCAGUAUGACGACAGGAAGGGCAGGGUCUCCAAGUGACAGAUCCGUCUUUUCGGAGGGUGAAAUCCUCCUUCCCACCCCCUCGCCAUCCAAAGGCUUCGUGGCGACUUGGGGCGGGCGAAUUGGGGCGUUGUGGGAGCGGUGAUACCUAAAGCAUCACCUUGAACCUGGGCUGUUCCACUGCCUGCUUGCUGGCCGAGGAUCUUAAUUUGGGUCCCGUUGGCUCCUCAACCUUUCGGGAUCUCUGAUCUUGGAAUCCCAGCCGAGGAAGCAGGGGUACUACCCACAAGGGGCUUCCGUCCGACGUUUCCGGGGUCUUUCUCCCCUACCCAGCCUUUCCCCACUUUUGCCCUUUGGUCCGGCAAACGGGCUCCAGCGCUUUUAGGUAGCCCCAGAAGUCGGAUGGAUGUGACCCAUGAGAGUGGAAAGAGUAGGGAGGCCCAGAAGGAUCUGCCCACGCAAACCCUACACAGCCCUUUCUGGCUGCUGUUCUUUUUCCUUUCCUUCCCAAGAGGUUAGAAAGAGCAGGGGUCUCCAACCUUGGCCACUUUAAGCCUGGCGGACUUCAACUCCCAGAAUCCCCCAGAAUCCCCCAAUUCUGGGAGUUGAAGUCCUCCAGGCUUAAAGUGGCCAAGGUUGGAGACCUCUGAGAAAGAGGAAGGAAGGAAGGUAGUAGAAUCUGAAGAUCAGGUCAUUUACAGCAGCCUUGGAAGUAGUUCGUUCUUUAACUAUUUAAAAAAGAAAAGAAAAGAAAAAAAGUGAUAGCCUAGAUGGUGAAUAACUAAAAUACCUCAGAUGUUUUUUCCUUCCAGCAAGUGUCUGUAUAUGUUGUCAUUGGGUUUGUUUUGUUUUUUGUUUUCUAUCUUAACAAGUUAUCUGAAUGUUUAUAUUCCAAUAAACUUCUACCUCUUCA